AUGGGUAUUGCAUACGACUUCGCCGCACGGGUCGUGCCGUUCCUAGCGAUCUUGGCUUUUGGGUAUGCGUUCGUUUUACCCCUCUAUCGAGUGUACUUCAGCCCUCUAUCCAGAUUCCCAGGUCCGAAGCUUGCAGCAGCGACCCUCUGGUACGAGUUCUACUACGACGUAAUUCUUAAUGGACACUACACGUUCAAGAUAGCCGAGCUACACAAAGAAUAUGCAGGACCAAUCAUUCGCAUCAGUCCAUUCGAGCUGCAUAUCCAAGACCCAGACUACUACGAUGUGUUGUAUUCCAACAAUCUUCCCGUCAACAAAUCGAAAUUCUACACAUCGCAAUUUGACAUGGAUCACACGGCAUUCUCGACACUUGAUCACAAACAUCACCGCCUCCGCCGCUCAGCCUUGAAUCCGUUCUUUUCAAAGCAGAUGAUCAAUCGACUCGAACCUUUACUGCAAACCGUCGUCAACAAGCUCUCCCAAAGACUCGAAGAAUUUCGAGGAACAGGAACACCAGUUGAGAUGCGAGCAGCAUACAGCGCUUUGACAAUCGACGUUAUCACCUACUACUGCUUCAACGAAUCUUGGGCACAUCUCGACGCUCCUGAUUUCAGGAAAGAUUGGUUCGAUGGGGUGCACACUAUGUUAUUAGCUGGGAACUUCAUGAAGCAUUAUCCAUGGCUGUAUGAUGUUAUCAAAGCACUUCCACAGCGGCUUGUCUGCUGGUUGAUUCCUGUGUUUAGAGGAGUUCUCAUGUAUGAAGACAGGAUAAGAACACAAACAGAACGAGUCCUCGCUGCACACUACGCCAAUAAGAACGCAGAUGGCGAUGGACUCGACACGACGAUAAUGCACGCCUUCCUCAAGAGUGAUUUACCGCCUGAGGAGAAAACCGCACUCCGGAUAUGGAGCGAAGGAAUGUCAGUAGUAGGCGCAGGCUCAGAAACUAGCGCGAAUACUCUUGCGACGAUGCAUUUCCACUUACUCAAUAGUCCGGAUGUGCUUGCAAGGCUGCAAACUGAGUUGAAAGACGCUUUUCCGGACAAGAAUGCCACUAUCAUGCUGAGUCAAGCUGAGAAGUUACCUUAUUUAACAGCAGUGAUCAAUGAAGGACUGAGCAGACUCUCAUCGGGAGUAGCCUCCCGCCUAGGAAGAAACCUCCCAACAAGCAGCAUGCGAUACAAAGACUGGGUCAUCCCAGCAGGUACAUCCGUCGGAAUGACACCUCUACUCAUCAACAUGGACCCAACCAUUUUCCUCAACCCUACGAAGUUCUCUCCUGAACGAUGGCUUACUUCCAAGUCACUUGACAAAUACAUGGUAGCGUUCUCAAGAGGAACAAGGAUGUGUUUGGGUCUCAAUUUGGCAAAAGCAGAACUUUACCUCACAGUAGCGACUAUUUUCCGACGAUUCGACAAUAUGGAACUGUUUGAGACGACGAGCAGAGAUGUUGUCCCCAAGCAUGAUCAUUUUAUUCCUCACCCAGAGAUGGACAGUAAAGGGAUUCGCGUCGUUUAUAAGUAG